UUUCGCUCAAAAACCCGAGGAUUCCUUAAUAUCCAAAACCCUAAACUCAAUCUUCUAUAUUUUUCUUUAAUAAAAAAAACACCUUAAAACUUAGAGCAAUGGGGCUUCUCUCAUGGUUCAAAGGAAGCGCCAAAUCCGAAUCAAAACCCUCAAAUUCUUCAAAAUCCGAAACCUUCACAACAUCCGAAGUUCCAGGAAUGAAUGGUGCAGUUGAGGUCCUCCGACCUCCCAAAAACGUUACCGUUUUCGAAUUCGGGUCAAUCGCUGCUUCCAACGAUAACGUUACUCUCGCUGGAUACUGCCCUGUCUCCAAUGACCUUGAACCCUGCCGCUGGGAAAUCCUUCCCGCUAGUGAUGCCGACGCGCCUCAGUUUCGCGUGGUCUUUUGAGAGAGGGAGAGAUAGUGUGUAUGUGUGUGUGAGGAAUUGUUAAUUUAUUUACUGCCUGUAACAAAAAUGUAGUAAAAUCUUAAAAUAAUUAAUUAUGUAUGCGAUUGCUUUAGUGGGUUUUGCUUAAUGAAUAUAAUUAAUUAUGUUGCGUA